GGACUGAGUUUUUGAAACCAUCAUAUUCAAUGUCACAGACUCAUAGAGGAUGUUGAUGUUGUUUGGAUGUUUUUUUGUUUACCCAUUUCUCUUGGCUGAGUGGUUGGAGGAGCUUUCCAGUGUCACAUCACCAAACCCUGACUAUGACUCACCUUCAGUCUAGGUUACCGUGUUUUCAUCUGACGCAUAAGAGCGCAUGAAGGGGACAGAGCAAGAGAGGGUCACUUUUUGGAGGAUGUUGUUUUAGAAGGUCGUAUUUGCUCGUUCAUCAAAAGUAUAUCUAUGUGAUUUAGACCAAUAUAUAUGCCUAUCAAUACCAGAGGAAAAGGAAUAUCAGAUCCUAUUCAUAUUUGUUUAAUACUUUUGUAGAAUGCGCUCAAAGGAUGCUAGUAUUAUUUUCUUUCUUCAGACAUGUAUUUUAGCUUGUGAUAUAUUUAAUAACAUUCAAAGGCUAUACUUUAUUUCUUACAAGUCAAAUAAUUUUGCAAAUGGAAGACAAGAUGGGAAGGUGUGUUGUAUUGCUCCAGUGCAAGACUGUUCUAAAAUAGAGGAGGACUCGGAGCUUAACUGCUGUUGGUAAAACCAUACGAUCCUUUACGCAUCACGCGGCGCGCACGCACACACACGCACUCAGAGGAAUAGAGGACAUGCGGAGACAAGAGGAGCGCGCCAGCCGCCCCAAGGAGAACCUCCAGCCGCGUGAAUGACCCGCAGGCAGCAUGCGCUCCUGGCCCAACCGAACUGACUGUCUCUCUCCCGUUAACUGCAGCUGGGAGGAUAACUACUGGAACUACUACUUUAACGGGAGCUACCAGGGUCCCGUGCCCCCCGAAAACCUAUUCCCCAUCCCCGUUCUAAUGGGAAUCACCAUCACCUGUGCUCUCCUGUUCCUAGCGGGAGUGACCGGGAAUGUAAUGACUAUACUGGUCGUGUCUAAGUACAGAGACAUGAGAACAACCACUAACCUCUACUUAUGUAGCAUGGCUGUCUCAGACUUGUUGAUAUUCCUCUGUAUGCCCCCUGAUGUGUAUCGGUUAUGGAAGUACAGGCCAUGGAUAUUUGGAGAUACAUUCUGUAAGCUGUUUCAAUUCGUUAGUGAGUGCUGCACUUAUUCAACGAUUUUGAAUAUAACCGCUCUGUCCGUGGAGCGGUACCUGGCCAUCUGCUUCCCACUUCGCGCCAAACGCCUGGUCACCAAGCGACGCGUCCGUGCGCUCAUCAUCUUUCUCUGGCUCGUGUCGCUGUUGAGCGCGGGACCUGUCUUCGUUCUGGUGGGAGUGGAGCACGAGACUCGCCCAGCGGCGGGAAACUCUGUGACUGCUGGUGGGGCGGAAGGACAGACAGAGAUAGACACUAGCGAGUGUAAACCCACUCAGUACGCGGUUGAAUCUGGGCUUCUAGCCGCCAUGGCGUUGGUUAGCUCUGUGUUUUUCUUCCUGCCGGUGUUUUGUUUGACUGUGGUGUACAGUUUGAUUGGACGAAGGUUGUGGAAGAGACGGAGAGAGAACAAUAUUGGAGCUAACGUAGCACACAGGGACAAGAGCAACAGACAGACCGUCAAGAUGUUAGCUGUAGUGGUCUUUGCCUUCGUCCUAUGCUGGCUGCCUUUCCACUUACAUCGUUACCUUAUGUCCCAUUCCUCCGAGGGCUCCUCUCCUCUCUGGUCUCUCUUCACCCAGUACUGCUCCCUUGUUUCCACUGUCCUCUUCUAUCUCUCGGCUGCCAUCAACCCUGUCCUCUAUAACACCAUGUCUAGGAAGUACCGGUCAGCUGCUGCCCAACUGUUUGGUCUACAGGAGACUCAACCACCCAGAGGGAGAACAGCAAGCACUGUCAAAGGAGAGAGUUCACCUGCCUGGACAGAGUCCACUGUUAGCCUGUGACUGUAGCCAAUUUGGAGGGUGAAUGGGCGAUAGAUAUAUACUUCUCUGAUUUUGAUAUGUAGUUGUUGUGAUCAACGUCUUCUUGUGUGUUUUUCAUCAGUGACCACUGCUUUCCCUGGUUGAUCAAACUCAAACAGGCACCAUUAUGGACCAUCAAGUCUUUAAUCCAAGAGAGCACCGGUUUACGCAUAACGUCCAUGGACGUUGAUUAUUGAUUGAAAUUUUAUCAGUCCGCCCUGGCCUUGCGUUGAACAUAUUAAUUAUAUUAGCCUCAAGGACUCUGAACGAGACUGUUGCUUUGAUGUCACAACCCGCCCGGCAAAGGCGUUUGAGAAGAUGUUUUAUAAAAUAUUUAUAAAACAAGGCGUUUCUGUCACCCAAAAAGAAGCACACCAUUAGCAACAAAAACGAUUAAACCGCUUUUGAAAUGGACACCUAUGUAUUUUCUACAAAUCACACAUGCAACACACAUGCACACACACAAACCGAAAGAGUUUUAACACUUGCCUUAAUUAAUAUGUGAACUGUAUUCUGGAUGACAAAGAAAAGCACUGUAGACCGUGAUGCACUUCUCUGUACCCUGAAAGAGAGGGACUGAAGUGCUGUGUGUGUGUUUGUUUAUGUUGAGUGAUUGGGUGUGUUGGGGUGGUGUGUUUAUGGUGAGUGACAGCGUGUGUUGGGGUGGUGUGUUUAUGGUGAGUGACUGUGUGUGUUGGUGUGUGUGUCUGUGUGUGUAGAUAUAGGUAACAGUGUUUUGCUACGAUAGCAUGUACAGUAGGCUAAUUAUACCGCCAGCCUUACUCUGUAAAUAGCAGCUUAGUAACAGUUCAAUCUGAUUGGUAUUAGUCUUGGCUUAUCCUAUAAGUACUUACAAAGCAGCCACUGCCUUGGACUCCAGAAUUCGGAUAUGGGAACCUGGUCUCAGAGCAUUUCGUAUUAUUCUGUACAUAAAUCCGAGACACUCCAUUUAGUAUAAUAUGUUACGUUUCAUAUGGUAUGUAUUAAUUUGUGGAUGUCCAUCAUCCAUUUCAUAUGAUAUGUUAUGAACUAGAAUUCGUAUUACAAAUUUGCUAAAUGUACAAUAUGUUACGAAUCUGCAACACGUACAAUAUGUUGCGAAUUUUCAAAACGUAUAAUACAUAACAAAUUGUAGCUAGGGGGCUAACAUUAGCUAGGCAAGGGGUUAAGGUCAGGGUUACAUUUAGGAGCUAAAAUGGGUAAGGUUAGAGGAAGGGUAAAGGUUAGGCUUAGGAGAAGGGUUAGCUAAUAUUCUAAGUAGUUGCAUAGUACCUAAAAAGUACUAAGUAGUUGAAAGUUGCUAAUAUGCUAAAGUUGUCCAUCAUGAGAUUUGAACUCGCAACCUUUGGGUUACUAGACAUCUGCAUUAUACAGGGUGGCAG